AAGUGUCUCAUAGAUCUCUUGGAGUCCAUCAUGCAUACACACCGUCCCACUUGGGAUGACUGUCAUCAGCUGCUCGAUACUCUUUUUACGACAGAGGAACGAGAGCGCAUCCUCAAUGAAGCAAGGAAGAACGUCUUGGGGGAUAAUGGGAGACCCACAACUCUCCAACCGGCCAUAGAUGAGGCUUUUCCCCUACGCCGCCCUGAUUGGGAUUUCGGGACCGCAGAAGGUAGGGAGCAUCUCCGGAUCUACCGCCAGACUCUUAUGGCCGGUCUCCGAGCGGCCGCUAGAUGGCCCACCAAUUUUGCAAAAGUAAAAGCAGUCGUUCAAGGGGAAAACGAAAGCCCGGCCGGUUUCUUAGAGCGCCUCUAUGAAGCAUACCGUCAGUACACCCCUAUUGACCCUGAGGUGGAGCUCCACCGGUCUGCUGUGGUGCUCUCAUUUAUUAAUCAGGCAGCUCCAGACAUUAGGAGAAAACCUAAUAAACAGAAAAACUUAGGGGAAAUGACCAUUAGAGAGAUGCUACAAAUAGCAGAGAAGGUCUUUACCGCUAGGGAAACUCCAAAAAAAAGGGAGGAAAGGAGGAGAAAGGAAGACAGGGAGGCCCAGGAGAAAUUGAGAAAGGAGGACAGGGAGUUCCAGGCUAAGGAAAACCGAAAGCAAUAAAGAGAAAUGGCCCGUAUCUUCCUAGCGGGUGUCCGAGACAAACCCAGGGGAGGGGGCCACGCCAGGACCCCGGAUAAGGAACACUGUUUUUACUGUAAGGAAACUGGGCAUUGGAAGAGAGAAUGUCCUAAACCGGGGGAUAGAAGGGAAAGGGAACGAGCAGUAGAGCAGGCCAGAGUCCUCCUAGCCGGAGAAGAGGACUGAAGGAGACGGGGCUCGGACCCCCUCCCCGAGUCUUGGGUAACAAUACAUGUGGAGGGGAAGCCGAUGGGAUUCAUGGUGGAUACCGGCGCCCAGUAUUCAGUCUUAAACAAGGCACAUGGACCUUUGAACAAGGAACGAACAAGUGUCGUUCAGGGGGCCACCGGUACACAGUUAUGUACAUGGACUACCAAAAAAAGGGUAAACUUAGGAAAACACCAGGUCACACACUCCUUCCUGGUUGUUCCUGAGAGCCCUGCUCCCCUGCUCGGACGGGACCUACUCACCAAAAUUGGGGCCCAUAUCCAUUUUGAGCCAGACGGAAUAAUUGUGACUGAUCGAGAGGGGAGCCCAAUACAUGUCCUAUCCCUAUCAUUGGUUGACGAACAUUGCCUGUUUGAGAGUCAACAGGAGUCGGGAGGGGACAUGGCCCAAUGGGUAAAAAGAUUUCCCAUGGCCUGGGCAAAGACUGCGGGAAUUGGGCUCGCCAAACACCUCCCUCCUGUAGUUAUACAAUUGAAGGCUUCCGCUCUUCCCAUUCGGGUGAAACAGUAUCCUAUGCCCGAGGAGGCUCAAAGAGGCAUAGCCCCUCAUAUCCGCAGGCUAUUAAAGGAAGGAGUACUGCGGCCUUGUCAGUCUGCCUGGAAUACACCUCUGCUCCCCGUCCAAAAGCCGGGAGGCAAAGACUAUAGGCCUGUGCAAGACCUGCGCAAGGUAAACGAGUGGACGGAGAACAUUCAUCCCACCGUUCCGAAUCCAUAUACCUUGCUCAGCCACCUACCCCCCUCACAAGUGUGGUAUACAACCCUUGAUUUGAAAGAUGCUUUCUUCAGCAUUCCAUUGUCAGAAAUUAGCCAGCCGCUGUUUGCUUUCGAGUGGCACGAGGAUGGGGGCCAAUCUGGACAGCUUACUUGGACCAGACUGCCGCAAGGAUUUAAAAAUUCUCCCACCCUGUUUAACGAGGCCCUGAGCCAGGACCUGGAACCCUUUCACCGGAGCCACCCGCGAGUCACUCUAUUGCAGUAUGUUGAUGAUUUACUGUUAGCGGCAGAAACCCGAGAGGAAUGCAACGAGGCUACUGAACACCUGCUAACAGAAUUAGGUGAGCUGGGAUAUCGGGCGAGUGCCAAAAAAACCCACAUCUGUAAAAGGUCAGUGACAUAUCUGGGUUAUCGGAUCACAGACGGGGCAAGAUGGCUGACUGAUGCCAUGAAACAGACUAUUUUGGCUAUCCCAUCCCCUACAUCCACUAGGGGAGUGAGAGAGUUCCUGGGCUCCGCAGGAUUCUGUAGACUCUGGAUUCCGGGAUUUGCAGAGAUAGCCAGACCCUUAUAUGAGGCCACCAAAGAGGCUCCGAAUUGGAGAUGGGGGGAAAGAGAACAACAGGCCUUUGUCCAGCUAAAGAACGCUCUUUUACAGGCCCCUGCCUUAGCCUUGCCAGAUCCCACAAAACCAUUCACUCUAUUUGUAGAAAAAAAAGGGGUAGCCAAAGGAGUCCUGACCCAACAACUAGGCCCCUGAAAGAGACCUGUGACAUACCUUUCCAAAAAAUUAGAUGCAGUAGCAGCGGGAUGGCCCCCUUGCCUCCGUAUCAUAGCGGCCAUCGCCAUGCUAGUGAGAGAAGCCGAUAAAUUAACUUUUGGACAGGGGUGGUGGAGGGAAUCCCAAACUCACCCGGUGGAGGGAAUCCUCAAACAACCCCCCGGAAAAUGGAUGACAAAUGCCAGGCUCACCCACUACCAGGGGCUCUUGCUGGAUUCCCCUCGAAUCACAUUCACAGAUUCCGUAACCCUAAACCCUGCCACCCUGUUGCCUAAUCCGGAACUACAGACACCUGUCCAUAACUGCAAAGAAUUCCUCUCUAAAGUUACACAGGUACGGGCUGAACUAAAGGAUAUCCCUCUGUCCAGCUGCAAACUAAACUGGUACACGGAUGGAAGCAGCUUUGUCCAAGAUGGAGUCCAAAGGGCAGGGGCAGCUGUAGUCGACCAAAAAGGAAAUACGGUAUGGAGCAGCGCCCUCCCACCCAGAACCUCAGCCCAAAAGGCGGAAUUAAUUGCCUUGGCAGAGGCCCUGGAGAGGGCAAAAGGAAAGCGAGUCAAUAUCUACACCGAUAGUCGCUAUGCUUUCGGUACCAUCCAUGUCCAUGGGACCAUCUAUCGCGAAAGGGGAUUCCGCACAGCAGAAGAAAAAAAAAUCAAAAACUUGGCCGAGGUCCAGCGUCUAUUAAUGGCAGUGGAAAAACCGAAGGCAGUGGCAGUGAUGUAUGUCCCAGGCCACCAGUCUGCCAAGACACCGGAAGCAGUCGGUAACAACAGAGCAGAUCAAGAAGCAAAGAGAAAGCAGCAAGGGCAUUAUAUGAGAAAAAGGGCGUUGGGAGAUACAUCCUCGCUCCUUGACCGCCAGGCCCUCCACUCCAACGGGUUUUUCGCCUGCCCAGGAUAUGAGUCCGGCGCAUGGCGCCGGGACUGUGGGGGUAUAGAAAGCUUUUAUUGCACCCACUGGAAAUGUGUAGUGACCAAUGAUGGCCUGGCCGGGGCAGGCACUGGCAUAGCCUCCCUGGCCACCCAACAAUCAGGCCUCACCUCCCUUAGGGCAGCCAUAGAUAAAGACCUAGACCGCAUUAAAAAAUCUAUUAGUCACCUUGAAAAGUCUCUAACUUCCUUAUCUAAAGUGGUCCUCCAAAAUCGGAGAGGGCUCGACCUACUGUUCCUUAAGAAUGGAGGCCUCUGUGCGGCUCUGGGAGAGAAAUGUUGCUUUUACGCCGACCACACCGGGGUCGUUCGCGACUCUAUGUCUAAACUUCGGGAAGGACUGGAGCAACGAAAAAAGGAGAGGGAGGCCAAAGAAGGAUGGUUCGAACCUUGGUUUAACCAGUCCCCUUGGUUUGUUACCCUUCUCUCUCCAUUAGCAGGACCAAUAAUAGUCCUUCUAUUACUGGCCACCGCAGGGCCCUGGAUUCUAAACCGGCUUAUGGCUUUUGUCAAAGGUCGACUUAACACCAUCCAACUUUUGGUCCUCCGCCAACAGUAUCAAGCUUUUCAUCCCCUCGAGGAUGAUUCCUCAGUUUAG